AUGGUGUUAAAAUUGUUGCUGGAGCUUGGAGCCGAGAGGUAUGCGGAACAAUUCGCCGCCAAAUGCCAUGAACUGGGGAUGGUGAUGAAGGAAUCUGCAGGACCCGGCAGAGUACCCGUUCCGGUGACGCUUCAGCCAUCUAUGAUUUCUCGCGGUGAGUUUGGAACUCUCUGUUGUAUGCAGCCGCUAUGGAAUGAGGCCGUCGACAAUACAGCUAGAAACUUUACUUUCCUUCGUGAUGCUUUGCAAGAGACGGCAGCCAGCGAUGUCAACUUCACUGGGAAGCUCCUGAACAUGCUCCAAGAGGUGUACCUCAGCGGAGGGCCGUUCCAACAGCUCAUGCUCGGUAUAUUCCGCACAGAUUACAUGCGUGAAGGGGUUUAUGAUAAGAUGCUGUCGACGACGGCGUCUCGUUGGAAGAAUGUUGAAAUCAAUACCAUCAGCUGCUCUUUCGCCGGUCUAUCGCCUCUCAUCACUGAGUUUCAUCAACACAUCGCUGCGUAUCUUCAAGUGCUGCAGAAAGCAAGAGGAAAGGAGGAUGAUGACGGAGUUGAGAACAUGAGUUGGAUAUGGGGUAAGGGCAACUGCAGAUUGGAGAGAAGUGUCUCGGGUGAUGUUGUACCAAAAGCAAUAGCGGACGCAGUGCGUGCGUGGGUGGAGCAGCAGAAGUUUGCCUCACUUCGUGCGUCGUGGGAGCAGUUUCAACAGAAUGAAGUAGGAAGCGGUGAAAUACACCAACUUGGGGUGCUUGACACCGCGCCCGUUGUGCUCGUUGUUGUUCAGGAGAAUGAACGUAACACUGCCGAUCAGUAUGCUCUGCUAAUGAGAGUACUUGAGGAGCACCGCAUUCGCUUCAUAUUUCGAACACUUCAGGAGCUCCACUUGUCACUGAAACUUCACAGCAUCAGCCCCGAGCAACCACCUCUUGCUGUUGUUGACGGGCAUUAUCCGAUAGCAGUUGCUUACUUCCGCAGCACCUACGUGCCGGAGGACUUCCCAACAGACGCCACAUGGGCCGCUCGCCUUUCCUUGGAGCGCAGCAGCGCCAUUAAGUGUCCAAGCAUACCUUACCAUUUGUUAACAUUCAAGAAACUGCAACAACUUCUGUGUGACGUGGAUCGUGUGCUUGUACCAGUCGCUUUCUGUGGUGAUUCGGAUAAAGCAGGCUUGCUCCAGCGGCACUUCGUACCUCAAUAUUCUCUGAACCCGAAGGAAGUGGGUGAGGAAGCCGUGGAGAAAGUUAUUCAUGAUGUACUUCAGCGGCCAGACCAAUUUGUGUUAAAACCUCAGUUGGAGGGCGGUGGUAAUCUUCUCUCUGGCGAGACGAUGGUGAAGGCACUGAAGGCAACCAAGGAGGGGGAUCCGGUUACGUACAGCAAGGUGCGUUGUGAGUACGUCGUCAUGUCGCGUAUACAAUUUCAUGUCAGCACGGGGAGUUUGCUGGCGCGUGGUGACGUGGUUCAACUAGAGCGCAACAUGUGUUCUGAAGUUGGCAUUUUUGGCGUUAUUCUCAGUGCUGCCAAGGGGUCAAGCGUAGGCACCAAUGGUUCUUCAGUGCUUUUCAACACCUUUGCUGGAUAUACUGUUCGAUCGAAACCUGCGGAUGCGGAUGAUGGUGGCGUCAUGGCAGGUGUUGCGGCUCUUGAUUCCUUAGCGGUUGUACCGUAA